AUGGACCGGCCAGUGGAUGUUGAAAAAGCCCGCGAGACAGAGCAUCCGGAAUAUGAUCGAGAAUAUGCCAGCGACAUUGACGAUUCCGACUGUGCAUAUUCAUCGGAUACAGCAGACCAUCUCGAACCGCUAGAACUAUCCCGAAUCAACACAUAUCGAUUACAGCAGAAGACGACCGUUGGAUCGACAAAAGGUCCUGUACCACAGCAACAAUGGCUACCAAUGGGUGCUGGGAAGCAUUAUCCUCCACUGCUACCGGAUCCAGAGACAUACGUGGUGGAAUUCGAUGGGCCGGAUGAUCCCCUGCAUCCGUAUAACUGGUCUUUGUGUACAAGAAUUUUCCUCGUCUGCAUAUUAUGUUACGGCACGUUUGUAGGAUCCUUCGCCAGCGCCGUCUUCUCCGCCGCCAUCAGUCCAGUCAGCGCCGAAUUUAACGUCAGUUCAGAAGUUGCAUCGCUCGGAGUUACAUUAUACGUUUUGGGAUUCGCAGCAGGACCAACCGUCUGGGCUCCUGGCUCAGAGCUCAUCGGACGACGCUGGCCGUUGUCGAUUGGACUGCUGGGUUGUGGGAUCUUCAACAUCGCCUGUGCAGCUGGAAAGGAUAUACAGACUAUCAUGAUCUGCCGAUUCUUCGCUGGCUUCUUCUCUGCAAGUCCUGUGUCAGUUGUGCCGGCGGUAUUUGCCGAUCUAUUCAACAAUGCGCAGCGUGGUGUUGUCAUGUCAGUCUUUUGCAUGGCUGUCUUCAUUGGCCCCUUUGCAGCGCCCUUUGUUGGAGGCUUUAUUGUCAUGAGUGACCUGGGAUGGCGUUGGACCAUGUACAUCUCAGCCAUCAUGGUGUUUCUGGCAUUUAUUCUUAUCUUUGCAUUCCUGAAGGAAUCAUACGCUCCUGUCAUCCUGGUUGAAAAGGCAGCAGUUCUCCGAAGGCAAACGCGCAACUGGGGCAUCCACGCCAAACAAGAUGAAGUGGAAGUCGACAUCAUCGAGUUGGUGCGAAAUAACUUUACACGACCGAUCAAGAUGUUGAUCAGCGAGCCUAUUCUCCUGCUAGUAUCGCUGUACAUCUCAUUCAUUUACGGUCUCAUGUAUGCUCUGCUAGGGGCAUAUCCCGUCGUUUUCCAGGGUGUAUACGGAAUGAACAUUGGUGUUGGAGGAUUGACCUUCAUCGGUCUGAUCAUCGGAGAACUCGUCGGUGGUGUCCUCAUUCUCUUCCUGCAGGAUUCAUAUAAACGCAAACUUGCAGCGAAUAACGAUACACCCAUUCCUGAAUGGCGUCUUCCUCCUGCCAUUCUCGGUGGAAUUGCAUUCACCGUUGGCAUGUUCUGGUUUGGAUGGACUGGAUAUAAGUCGUCCAUUCACUGGAUGGUGCCAACAUCUGCUGGUGUGCUGAUUGGGUUUGGCAUUUUCUGUAUCUUUUUGCAGUGUUUCAACUACUUGGUUGACUGCUAUCCCACACUAGCUGCUUCAACUAUCGCGGCAAAUACCAUCCUCCGAUCAGCCAUUGGGUGUGCAUUCCCCCUCUUCUCGAAGCAAAUGAUGCAGAACCUCGGCGUGCAAUGGGCUGGCACCAUGCUGGGAUGCAUUGCCGCUGUGAUGAUUCCCAUUCCAGUUGGCUUUAUGCUGUGUGGACCAUGGCUGCGACGGAGGAGUAAAUUGGCCUGUUCGCCUAUCUAUCAGGAUGCGCAAGACGAGAAGAUUUUUGAUGUUUGA